AAAUCCAUCAUAAAGUACUUUAACUUUUUUUCGUCAAAAAAGUACUUUAACUUUUUCAUGGCUAUAUAAUAUUUCACUCAUUUCAUUCUCAUGAACCACAAAAGAAAAGGUAAAAUAACAAAGCGAAGGAAAAAAUGCUUUCUUCUUCAUCAAGAAACGCCUUUGUGGAUGGCAAACACAAAACAGAUCUCUUAACAGUGGACUUAUCUCGCUGCUGCAAAACGACACCAUCUUCUUCUAUGACUCCGCCGCCUCCUCCCAAGGGACUGUUGGUGGCAACCCCGGUGGAGGAAGGAGAAUAUCCGGUCGUGAUGCUCCUCCAUGGUUACCUUCUCUACAACUCAUUUUACUCCCAGCUUAUGUUGCAUGUCUCUUCCCAUGGCUUCAUAGUCAUAGCUCCGCAGUUAUAUAGCAUUGCUGGACCAGAUACGAUGGACGAGAUAAAAUCAACGGCGGAGAUUAUUGAUUGGUUAUCAGACGGACUUGACCACUUUCUUCCACCACAAGUAACACCAAACCUAUCCAAAUUUGCACUCUCCGGCCAUAGCCGCGGCGGUAAAACAGCAUUUUCCGUGGCCCUAAAGAAAUUUGGAUACUCAUCCGACCUAAAGAUCACGGCACUUAUCGGUAUAGACCCAGUUGAUGGAACAGGGAAAGGGAAACAAACCCCUCCUCCGGUUUUAACCUAUGAGCCAAACUCAUUUGACCUAGACAAGAUGCAUGUUUUAGUGAUCGGUUCAGGACUUGGUGAACUUGCCCGGAACCCGUUGUUUCCACCGUGUGCGCCUCCGGGAGUGAACCACCGAGAGUUUUUCCGGGAAUGUCAAGGCCCAGCGUGGCAUUUUGUCGCAAAGGAUUACGGGCAUUUGGACAUGCUUGAUGAUGUUACCAAAGGGCUUAGAGGGAAGAGUUCUUAUUGUUUGUGUAAGAAUGGUGAAGAGAGAAGACCAAUGAGGAUAUUUGUUGGUGGAAUUGUUGUGUCGUUUUUGAUGGCUUAUCUGGAAGGAGAUGAACGUGAAUUGGUGAAGAUCAAAGAUGGGGGUCACGAAGGUCUUCCUGUCGAAAUUCAAGAGUUUGAAGUUAAAAAGUAAUUUUCUUUAGGGCUUGUUUUUCCUAUUUUCAACAUAUAUUAAUAGUCACUUUUGUUGCUUAUGAAGUUUUUUUUUUUU